CUUCAUCCGCUCGGCUCUAUCCGUUGGUUUAAUCCCUGGUAGUCUCAAUAAUGUGUAAACCAGGUCAAGCCUUCUUUGGCAUCGAACUUAUUACUCAUCGCAGCACAGCUCGCGAUUCACGUCAUUCAUAUACGUUUUACGUACUCCCCAGUGCAGGCAUCGAUAAGGGACGUAUAUCACUGUAGCUCUUCCAUUUUUCGCUUGUUGAUCCGAAAGAGCGCAAGGAUAAGCAACUUCAGAUCUAUCGAAAACUUUCACUAGUGAUACCCAAACAUGACCGUCCGCAUAUUCAUCACAGGUGCUACCGGCUACAUUGGAGGAACAGUCCUCACCUCCCUCCUAGAGGAACACAAGGGCAAAUACGAAAUCAAAGCACUUGUCCGUGACAUGGAUCGGGCUCGCAAGCUCUCAGAAGUGGGUGUCGAACCCAUUCUCGGUUCAUUGGACAAUUGGCAAACCCUGUCCAAAGCGGCCAGUGAAGCGGAUGUGGUUAUUAAUGCAGCUGACGUGGAUCAUCUUGGAGCAGUCAGAGCGCUUGCGGAAGGCCUGUCAAAACGUGGUCCGCUGGCAAAUGGACAGCCUCCUAUACUCCUACACACGUCUGGAACAGGUGUCCUCCUAGACCACGCUCAAGGUCGCUACGCUUCUCCCAAAGUUUAUCGUGAUACGGUCAUGAAGGACAUUCAUUCCCUCCCGCCGGAGCAGAUGCAUCGUACUGUUGAUAUGGCUGUAUUUGAUGCCGGACGCUCGGGAAAAGUAACAACGACCAUCAUUUGUCCACCCCUGAUCUAUGGGCUUGGGACAGGUCCCUUUAACCGCCAUUCACAGCAACUUCCAAUGAUGAUUCUAGCAGCUACUAAGAAGGGAAAGGCUGUCUUCAUUGGAAAAGGAGCGAAUAUUUGGUCUAACGUUCAUGUCAAAGAUUUAGCGGAUGGAUAUCUACUCCUCUUGGACAAGCUCCUCGACGGAACGGCCCCCGUCAAUGACGAAGGUUACUACUUUUGUGAAAAUGGUGAACACACUUGGCGCUGGUUAGCGUAUGAAAUCGCCAGAUCCCUCUACACCAGCGCCGAAGUAGGUGACGGACGCCCGCAUCCAGUCUCAGAUGACGAGGUCGUGGAUGUCUUUGGAACCGCGAUGGCUUGGCAAGUAUUGGGUGGUAAUUCCCGCUCUCGGGCUGAAAAGCUGAGAAAUUUGGGGUGGUCUCCGAAAUGCCAUUCGUUGGCGGAGACUGUUGAUCCAGAGGUUCGCUCCGUGCUCACGGAGCAAGUAAAAAGAGCUAUUGAAAAGUAAUUAUAAAAAUAUUGAAACCUCCCGGUUGUCCUAGUUUGAUGACAGGUAAUUUUGAUUAAGGAAUGGCAUUCGCAUACGGAGUGUGACUCGCGCAGAUAUAGCAUCCAUGUUAACCAUGCAUCCAGAGGUUGAACAAAAGACGAAAUCAAUUUUAGAGAAUCACUU